AUGUCCACACCUCAGCUCGCAUCAUUCAAAGUUCCCGCGGCUGACAAUGAGCCUAUGAGGAGCUAUGCUCCGGGUUCGGAAGAGCGGAGGGCACUCGAGGCCGCCCUGAGCGAGAUGCAGCAACAGCUACCUUUCGAGGUGCCUUGCAUCGUCAACGGGAAGCCCGUCAAAACCGGCAAGCUGGCGAAGCAGCCGAUGCCCCACAACCAUGCAAAGCAUCUCUGCACGUACCAUGAAGCGGACCCUGCCACCGUCGCUGCUGCCAUUGACGGUGCGCUCGCGGCGAAAGCGGAGUGGGAGGCGAUGCCGUGGAACGACCGGGCUGCCAUCUUCCUCAAGGCUGCUGACCUCAUCAGUGGCAAAUACCGCUACAAGCUUAUGGCGGCAACGAUGCUCGGACAGGGGAAGAACGCCUGGCAGGCGGAGAUUGAUGCGGCGGCAGAGCUCUCGGACUUCCUGAGGUUUGGCGUAAAGUUCGCGGAGGAGCUGUACUCGCAGCAGCCGGCGAAGAAUGCAAAAGGCUGCUGGAACCGGAUAGAAUACCGUGCGCUGGAGGGUUUCGUCCUCGCCGUCUCACCAUUCAACUUCACUGCCAUCGGCGGCAACCUCGCAGGAACGCCGGCCCUGGUCGGCAAUGUCGUCGUAUGGAAACCAGCACCCGCCGCGACCUACUCCAACUACCUCAUCCAGCAAGUCUUCCUCGAGGCUGGUAUACCUCCGGGCGUGAUCCAGUUCGUACCUGGCCCACCCGCAGAGGUCGUUGGGCAGGCCAUCGCCCACCGCGAGUUCGCAGGGUUGCACUUCACUGGGAGUACGUUUGUCUUCAAAAGGCUCUGGAAGGAUAUUGCGAUGAACAUCGAUGUGUAUCGCGGAUACCCGAGGAUCGUUGGCGAGACGGGUGGCAAGAACUUCCACCUUGUUCACUCCUCAGCGGAGGUGAAGAAUGCGGUGACGCAGACUAUUCGUGGUGCAUUCGAGUAUCAAGGACAAAAAUGUUCGGCGCUCUCGCGUCUGUACGUUGCCAAGUCCAUCUGGGAGGGCGGCUUCAAGGACCAGCUCUUGGGUGGGGUUGCGAGCCUCAAGGUCGGCCCGUGCACCGACUUCACCAAUUUCAUCGGACCCGUUAUUGGCCGACCCGCAUUCGACAAGGUUACGGGCUACAUCAAGAAGGCGAAGGAGGCUGGCAGUGAGAUCCUCGUUGGCGGCAGUGCGGACGACUCCAAUGGGUACUUCGUGCAACCUACUGUCAUCUUGACAAAGGACCCUCGCUCGGUCACUAUGGCGGAGGAGAUCUUUGGGCCCGUCCUCACUGUGUACGUGUACGAGAAUGAAGACUACGAGUCGACAUUUGAUCUCAUCGACACAACCUCACCAUAUGCGCUGACCGGCUCAAUCUUCGCGCAGGACCGCAGCGCGCUCCUCAAGGCAACAAACCGGUUGCGCAACGCGGCCGGCAACGUCUACUACAACGAAAAGUGCACCGGCGCCGUCGUUGGCCAGCAACCGUUCGGCGGUGCGCGCGCGAGCGGCACGAACGAUAAGGCGGGCAGCAUCUCAAUCUUCUACCGCUUCGUGUCUGCGAGAAGCAUCAAGGAGAAUUUCGUGUCACUCGAAGAAUACCUUUACCCGUCCAACUUGGUGUGA